AUGGUUUUCAUCUUGCAACCUCUUCCUUGCAGGCAGAUUAUCGCUUUUCUCAGAGAAGGACAGCCUGAGGGCACCAACACUGAUUGCAAGACCUUUUCUGAUGUCUCCAUCGAUGAUUGGGAUUUCAUUAUGGAGGCCAUCACCGAAGAUGAUAAUCACCAAUUCAAUCAAUACAAACUAUCAUAUUCCCCAUUGUCCAACCAAUUGGUUGCAACCCUGCCUACUCCAAUCCAUGAGAAUAUUCUCAAGCCAUUCUUCAUAGUCCAGAUGAACUCGACCCUCAGGGGGGAGGGAGAGGUGGGGUCUACAGAGAAAGCCCUUGGUAUCCCUGAUGCAUUGGUUGAGUUCCACAAUGGAGACAGAGGGCAUCUGCAGCUUUGGGGGACCGAGGUUGUGCGCUUGCAGACUUGGGAUGCUACCAUCGCCAAACUCCAAUGUUCCGUCACCUGUAACCGACACAUGCAGGCCGUCACACUAUUCGAUAUCCUAGAAAAUCACCGCUACUCCCCACCAGCAGAAUCAUCGCGUGCAUUCCAAAAACUGUCGAAGAAGGAUAAGGUCACCUUAUACCACAAAUGGCUUCAAAAGGAUGAUUCACCGGUCUUCAGUCUGGUCACAGGCUUUACCCACACUUGGGUAUCGCCCCUCACCAUUGUCGUUACUACUUGGCUCCAUCCUGAUGAUGGGCCAUUUGAUCUCUAUGAUCAUGAUUCGCGAUACUUCACAACUGGCAUGAGUUUCCUUCCAUCUCUAGGUGUAGCUGUAUCUGAUCACGAUGACAUGCAAUUGUGUCCCAACAUGGACGUCACAAGCCUUGACAACCUGCAGCAGCUUUUCCAUUGCACAUUUGAGAGUGUCAGGGACACCACCAUCACCUACAUUGAAGAACUCAUGGUGGAAGAGGAGGAGGAGUCCAGUGCCUUGUCCGACAACUCUGACAUCAUAGAUGAGUCCAACAUUGACAAUGAAUCCAACAUUGCAGAGGCAUCUACCAUCUUGGAGGAGAUCAAUGACAGCCCUGACCCCCUCCAGCUCAUUCGUACAUGGGUGCCUCUAGUGUCGCCUAUAGAUUGGAAGAAAUUCAUGCCCACCUGCGGAAUGCUGCACAGCAGAUGGGCUAUACACAUUACUCCACCUGGCACGAGAAUUUGA